ACAUCCCAUUUCGAAAACCUUAUGGUUGCAUUGACUUUAUUGUCUGUUCAAUAGCAGAUACAUGGUAGUGUGAGCUCAGAUAAGUUGGAGCAAUGUUAAAGAGAAGCUUGUCAGACCCAUGUGGUUUAGCUGGAGUAGGCCUAGUCCGAGAGGGCUACUGGUAUACGGGCACACUCCCAAGUGGUGAGCAGAGCUUAACAACUCGUUCUGGCAGUAUUAAACCAAGAUUUUUGGUGGAGCAUGGCCAUAGUGUCCCUGGAAAGGUGGAGGACAGUCAUGAGAAAGCUGAAGAGACCACCAAGGACAAUGACACUUUGCAGUUUGCAGAGGAGGAGGAAAUCUGGAACUCCUCAGACUUGGAUCCACAAGCAAAAAGACUCAUUGUGGAUCUUCUGCAUCACAAGAAUCGGCUGAUGAAAGCCAACAAUGGACUUCAGAUGGCCCUGAACACUUGUGAGGACUCCAAAAUUGAUCUGGAAAAUGAGAACACUUCUCUUAAGAUUCAAAUAAAACGUAUGCAGAAGGCUAUCCAUGGUUCUGAGAAGCUUAGAGAGGAAAUGGAUGAGAUCCAGGCAGCACUAGAAGAGAGUAAGAAAACCAAUCACUGCCUCAAGGCAUCCAAUAACCAACUGGAGAAAGAAGCAAACACCUUAAGUCAUCAGAUUGUGGUCGUCACUGAAGAGAUGUCCGAUAUAUUGUCUAUGAGGGAGAUGGACAAGAAAAAGAUUACAACUUUGACACAACAUCUCCGUGCCUUAGAGCAACAACUGGAAGAGGCUAGAAUGCUCCUUGAUGACAAUGAUGGAGUCAUUUAUAAUAAAGAUGUGGUCAUUAACCAGCAAAAAUCAUCAAUUGAGGAGCUGACUACUAUUGGACAGCAUCUGAGAGAGAAAGUGAAGGACCUGGAGAACCAGUUAAAUUUAGCAGUGGCCCAUGGAGGGGGCAGUUUCCUGUACCCAGAUGGCUCUUUGUCUGUGGUCACCGAGAACCGCUUUUCUCUGGCCGAAGAGCUCGGGCUGAUCUCUGGAUUUCAUGAGGAAUCUUACGACGAUGUCGAGGUUGAUGAGGUCCUAAUCAGCUCAGGGGUUACUUCAUGGGAGCUGAAACUAGGGGAGGUCGAAGAGGACAGCAGCCUUCAGGAGAUGGACAUCAGCCCUGUGAAGGUUAUUAAAGUGAAUCCUGAGGAGCUGAGAGAAGUCACCAAGCCUGAGGAAGUAGUGGAGAAGGUCACCAGGAAUGAUGGAGAGAAGCAUGGCGUCCAUGUUGAUGAGGGAGAAGGAAUGAGAUUCGUGGAGACUGUUGAGCAUGAGAACAUAGUCAGUCUUGAGGAGGGGAAUGUGACUGUCCGAAUUGAGGAGGAGGAGGUUGUUCGACUUGAGCUGCAAGCAGAGUUCAGCGGGCUCGAGGAUAUCAAGCGCGAGGAGGUGAGGGAGCUCAUUAGACUCGUGGAGGAGAACGAUCUGAUGAAGAUGGAUGAUUCCAGUCUUCUGGCUGAGGAAGCCUGUCAUCAUGGGGAGGUGAAGCCUGCCUUUGGGCAUCAGGAGGACAGAGACAUCCAACUGGAGAUGAAGAUGUCCAGAUGUGAGAGUGAGAAAUUGGCCAUCGCUCAUCCUGAGAAGGUUCUUCAACACGACGGGGAGAGAGAGGAAGUGACCUGUUUUAUGGAGUUGGAAGCCAUGGCAGUGGAGGUAGAGCAGACACAGACAGAGCAGAACAGUGGCACGUGGCUGGAUGAGAAGAUCACAAGAGGAGCCCUGAUCACCGGAGCCAUUGGCCUUGGUGUUUAUCUUUUAUGGAAAAUAAAGUCCUAAACAAACA